AUGGCGACCAAAGUCUACAUUGUGUACUAUUCGAUGUAUGGACAUGUGGAGAAACUAGCUGAAGAGAUAAAGAAGGGAGCUUCAUCUAUUGAAGGUGUUGAAGCAAAACUAUGGCAGGUCCCUGAGACACUGCCAGAUGAGGUUCUAACAAAAAUGAGUGCUCCUCCAAAGAGCGAAAUACCCGUGAUCAUGCCUAGUGAACUUGCCGAAGCUGAUGGUUUCGUGUUUGGCUUUCCAACGAGAUUUGGGAUGAUGGCUGCCCAGUUCAAAGCAUUUCUUGAUGCUACUGGAGGCCUAUGGAGGACUCAGCAACUCGCCGGCAAGCCUGCCGGGAUCUUCUACAGCACUGGCUCUCAAGGCGGGGGACAGGAAACUACGGCAUUGACUGCUAUUACGCAGCUUGUUCACCAUGGAGUGAUCUUUGUUCCCAUCGGAUACACAUUUGGAGCUGGCAUGUUUGAAAUGGAGAAAGUAAAAGGUGGAAGUCCUUAUGGUGCUGGAACCUAUGCCGGUGAUGGUUCAAGACAGCCAUCUGACCUCGAGCUACAGCAGGCUUUCCACCAAGGUAAGUACAUCGCCACCAUUGCCAAGAAACUGAAGGGAGCUGCCUGAUGAUCUCUUCCAUAUACAACUACACUAUUUGCAUUCUUGUGAUUCUUUCUUUUUCAUUAAAACAAUCGAUUCGAUAAGAUUGCGCAUGUAAGUCUGGCUCUGUUCUGCAAAUACUCUAUGAUUAUGUGUUCUGUUAAAAACAGCAAUUAUUCCAAUGUCAAAUAUUUGUAGAAACAACAUGGUAUAACCAAAUUCAUUACAUCCUA